AUGGGGCCCCCGGGCAAUAGGGGAUCAUGGGGCCCCUGUGUCCUUGCCCAAACUCACAAAAGCCUAUGAAAAAGGUACCAGGGGCAUCUCAUGGGGCCCCAUACUGACCCUGGGCCCUCGAGCAGUGCCCAAGUUUCCAAAUGGUCAGUCCGCCCCUGGGUGCAGAACACUGGGAUUAUUCAUUUCUACAUUUGGACUCAUUUAUGUUAUCACUUAUGUUGUGACAUUUUGAGCUUGGCAAUUUAUUUAUAAUAUUUUCAAUUUUUUAAACAUUUUUUUACUUUUUUUUAAAAAAUACUUUCAUCAGAGUGAUGCAAUGUUACCAUAUUAACAUUGUACUACUC